UUUUCAGACAGGUGUCCGGUAGGCGGGGCUUUCUUCCAGCUCGUGCAGUCUGCUCUGAGCAGAUAGCGUGCGCGGAUGUCAGGCUAUGACAUCACAGAAGGAGAAGAAAAGGAGGAGGAGGAUCUGGACUCAGAUAGGAACCGAACCUCAGCCAGAACCUUAAAGGUCCGCCUGGUGCGCUGGAUUUACCGGUUCCGGUCUGAAGCUGAUCAAAGCGGACAAACACAGUUAUUGAAGCUCGGCCCACCUUUUGUGACGUCACAAUUACACUUUAAAUCAAACCCCAGGUGGGCCGCGAUGACGUCGACACCUGAGAGCGACACAAAGAAGAGAACCGAGGAAGAUGAAGAUGAAGAUGCCAGCCAAUCAGACGCCUGGGAUAAAACCGCCGCAGAGCUGAGCAUCGGCUGGGACUCGGCCGAGGAGUCCGGCGUCACGCUGUCUGACUCCACCAGGGAGGAGUUGCCAUGGCAACGGCAGAAGCAGGAGGCGCGCGACGAGGAGGAGACGGAAGCGGUGGGAUCGUCGCCCGAUGGGCGAUUCCUGAAAUUCAACAUCGAGAUCGGACGAGGUUCAUUCAAGGCGGUUUACAAAGGCCUGGACACGGAGAAGACGGUGGAGGUGGCCUGGUGCGAGCUGCAGACUCAUCGUCUGAGCAAAGCCGAGCGCCAGCGCUUCAGCGAGGAGGUGGAGAUGCUCAAAGUCCUGCAGCAUCCCAACAUCGUGAGGUUCUACGACUCCUGGAAGUCCGCUAAGUGCAUCAUCCUGGUGACGGAGCUCAUGACGUCUGGGACGCUCAAAACGUACGUGCGCCGGUUCCGCCCGAUGAAGCUGAAGCUGCUGCAGAGAUGGAGCCUGCAAAUCUUGAAAGGUCUCCACUUCCUGCACUCGCGCUCGCCACCCAUUCUCCACCGAGACCUUAAAUGUGACAAUGUCUUCAUCAAUGGACCCACCGCCUCGGUCAAGAUUGGGGACCUGGGCCUCUCGACGCUCAAGAAGGCCUCAUUCGCCAAGAGUGUCAUUGGAACUCCUGAGUUUAUGGCUCCUGAGAUGUAUGAGGAGAAGUAUGACGAGGCUGUGGACAUUUACGCCUUCGGUAUGUGCAUGCUGGAGAUGGCAACUUCAGAGUAUCCGUACUCCGAGUGUCAAAACGCAGCCCAGAUCUACCGCAAAGUCACCAACGGAAUCAAGCCGGAUAAUUUUUCUAAAGUACAAAACCAGGAGCUGAAAGAGAUAAUCGAGGGCUGCAUCCGAACCAACAGCAGCGAGAGGUUUACGGUUCAGGAUCUGCUGGGGCACCGGUUCUUCCAGGAAAAGACGGGUUACUAUGUGGAGCUCGCUGAGGAAGAUGAUGGUACAAAGGCAGCCCUGAAGCUCUGGCUCAGGGUGGAAGACAAGAAGAAGCUUCUGGGCAAAUACAAAGACAAUAAUGCCAUUGAGUUCCUUUUUGAGCUGUACAAAGACGUCCCUGAAGAGGUCGCCCAGGAGAUGGUGAUCCUGGGAUUUGUGUGUAAGGCCGACUACAAAGUGAUCGCCAAGGUGAUCAGAAACCGCGUGACUGCCAUAAAGCAGCAGAGGGACAAAAAGCGCCGCCUGCUGGAGGAAGCUCUGAACAACCUUAAAGCGGUUGUUAAGAGGAAGGCGGCUGAGCCCGCCCCCGAUCAGUCCAAACUGUCCAAUCAGAAGCCUGCAUCCGCUUUGAAUGCAUCUGCUUCUGGACGGGUGGCGAGUCAGAAUGAUGUUCCUGCUGACAUACAAGCCCCGCCCACGGCACCCAGCCCAGCAGGGAUGCUGUUGGCGAGCAGCAGCCCGGCAGAUUCUGGGAUCAGCGUCUUGUCCAACAAAACGGAAGAAGAUGGAGACGAAGACCAAGACAAGACAACCAGACACGCGUCUCACUCCUCAGCUGCCUCUGACUGUGAGACAGGAGUCUUCUUCAACACCCCUCCAGCGGCUCCUGAGACUCUUCCUCCUUCGUUAAGCUCCGCCCCCAAUCCAGGGACCCCGCCUCCUUUACGUCGGACGCCUUCCAAAGCGCCGCCCUUCCCGAUGUUGCGAUUCCCAAAGAGCAUUGCUGUUUCCCAAAGUUCAGAAAAACAUCCCACUGAUUCAAGCUGCGGCUUCUCCUCACCUGUCGACAGCUACUCCUCUGACAUAACGUCCAGCCUGAGUGACGGCAACGAUGGCCAAUCAGAUUGGAGCAAGCAGGAAGCAGCGAAGAGAGAAGCAACAAAGCAGUUCAGGCGUAGAGCCAGAGCCCGGCUGAGGAUCGUCGGGGUGUCCGACAAGGCGGACCGAGUGGUGGAGUGUGAGCUGCAGACUCACAACAACAAGAUGGUGACCUUUAAGUUCGACCUGGAUGGAGACAAUCCAGAGGACAUCGCCUCUGUGAUGCUGUUCAGAGACUUCAUCCUGCCAUCAGAGAGAGAGGGGUUUAUUCUACGCAUGUAUGAAAUCAUAAAGAGGGCGGAGUUAAUGAUGCAUCAGCAGCAUCCAGCAGGCGCCAACAGGUUGCCUAACUUGACUGCAUCUGCGUUGCCCGAAUCACAGUUAAACGAGGCAAUAAAGGGCCUGUCCAGGACUCUGUCCUCGUCCUCUUUGCCUGAUAUUGAUAACAAUGACCCCUCACCUUUGAAAGCUGUGGAUUUCCGUAUCGACACCGAGGCCACGCCCCUCGUCAGACCGCUGAGGUCACAGUCUUUUCAGACUCCAUCAGCUUCCUCCUAUCAGCACCCCCAGUUCUCUCUCCACUACCCACACCCAGACUCCAACUCUACGCCCCAACCUCAUCUCCCACAUGCUGCUCAAUAUCAACUCCAGACUCACCCCUAUUCCACUUACACUGCCUCCUUCCCAACCAUGCCCCCCAUCUCCCGACUGUCCCGGGUGCAAAGCAACCCUUCCCUUUUCACCCCCACCUCUUCUCCAUCAGCACCCAACCCUCACCAAUGGCCCUCCCCAGACCAACCUUACUUUUCCCUAGCUAACGUCAUCUCUGUGGCAAUGAGUGUGGCUCAGUCCCUCUUGCCCCAAUCUGGGGCCCCCAAUCAGGGCUUGUAUCCCCACACUCCACCUUUAUCUCCCCCAUUCACAAACCCCCAAACCCCGCUCUCUUCCUCUGGUUCUCCAUCUUUGAGCUCUGGUGUCCAUCAUCAAAACCAAGGCUCAUUUUCCAAUUCCUUCACCAUACAACAAACACACUCCCCACCAAGACCUCAGACUGGCUCAUUUAGGGACAGUGAGCAGGGAGUGUCAUCCAACAGGAUCCCAGAAACACCUCAGCUCAACAGCUCUGACCGUAAAGCUGACUUACCCUCACCCCCUCACGGUUCAGGUACAGACUCAUCGACUUCGUCCUCCACAUCAUCUCCUCAUACAUCAACUCCUCGCAAAAUGGUGUCCCCUCCUGUUUCUCCAUCAGGAAGAAUGUCUCCCUCCCUGACAGUAAAGGAACCAGGUUUCACAGUUGGACGCUUCCAGGUGUCACCCUCUUCAGGAGAUCCCUCUGUCAGUCAUCAAGGAUCAUCCACUCAAGACAACACCACCGCCACCACCCAGUCCGCGACUCCAUCCAACAAAAAUCAACCAGAGCACACAGGAAGCAGUACAGAGACGAGCCAAUCAGAGAGCAGCAAUCCCACAGUCACCAUCUCCCCUCCUGGUAACUACGACGGCCUGUCUGGUCAGGAGCAGAGGACGACGGGGAGCCGCAGGCUGAGUGUCAGUCUGUGGGAGGGGUCAGGCAGCAGCCAAUCAAGGAGCCGCUCUGCCACCUACAGCUCUGACGAAUCAGAGGGCGAGGAGAUAUGGGAGGAGCUAAUGGAGCUUCGUCACAGACACCUGGGGCAGGUGCAGAGCCUGCAGGUGAGUCAGAAGCGAGAAAUUGAGGAGCUCUAUCGACAGAAAGGUAAAGCCCCACCCCCCAGCAUUAUCCCUCCGGCGGCCAUGUUGAAACACCGCCACCGCCGUCUCUCCAAGCCAGCAAACUACACUCUUCCUCGCAGAAACAGCCUGCAGAGACGGGACAUACUGCCCCCUUCAGGCAUCAUGAGGAAGAACUCAGUGAGCGGCAGCAGCAGUGGAUCUCAGGACAGAGUUCUGAAAGGAGUGACGUUCGCUCCAGGACACAGCUGCAUGUGAGGGAGGAGCUGCUGAAGAACCUGAAGACCAUCAGAGCUGCAGACACAUUUCAGCUCCUCAGGAGGAAACAGAGCUUCAUGCAGAUUCAACCCGAUGGUUUCAGAUCUGAUCCUUCAGGGUCCAAACUGGACCAAUAUUUUCAGCAUCAUGAAGAUAUUUAAGGGAUUCAGAAAAUCUGGAAGCUAACUGGACGUGACGAAGGCUCCAGUCAUGAAGGCAGCUCUAAACCUGUUUUAUUUAUUUAUUUAUCCUUAUUUUUAUUGCUAAGCUUCACCAUGGUGACAUUUUUGCUCAAACUCUUGUUGAUAAAUGUUAAUAAGUUGAUAUUUUAUUGCUGCUGGUUCAGUUCAGGUUGAAGUUACAGCAGCAGCUCAUCUGUGCCUUAUUUAAUGAAUUGCUGCUGAAGCUGAACAUAAAACCUGGAAGUUGUUUUUUGCUUCAGUUUUUAAAGUUUGAAACAUUAAGAAGGUUUAAUAAAAUAAUUCUGAUGAGUCUCAUAUUUUUGUAAAAUCUUACCUGCAGAUCGAUCAGAGAUAAAUUAAAGUAUUAUAACUGCUUGA